AUGUCUGCUGAGCUUGAGGGGAUGCUGCUGAGGGCUUUGGAGAUGGGUGUGCUGAAGGCUGCCGAGCUCUUCGGCAAAACUGCAGAUGUCGAUGCGGUCAAUCAGAGCCAGUGCGUCACAGAGAUCGAGGCUGCGAGACUUGCAUCUCUGUCUUCUUCUGGCUUAGCCUUGCACGUCGGUUAUUAUGGCAAUUCUGAUAUCAUUGCCCAUUUGCUGCAUUUAAUCGUGCAGCUGGUCGCGGGCCCAAUACUGCCCCCCUGGGACAACCAACAGCAUCAGGGUAGACAAGUCGGCAUGGUUGCUGAUGCUUGGUUCGAAAUAAGGCUCUGUAUCCGCGUCCUUCCUCAGUGGAGCUUGCUACUGCUUUCGUCCCGAUCGCUCCUCGACAUCAACCAAGAAGCCGCAGCUGGCAUGGCCAGGCUGAUGCUGGACUUCAGGUUAACUCACGCGUUGUUCUCAGUGUUUGAGCCGCACAAGAAGGUGACACUGCAGCGAAGAUUUCCAGCGAACAGUGAGACAGGCUCUGCGUACACAGUUGACCAGAGCGUGCAGAAGGGCUCAAUCGGCGUUCCUCUGAGCAAGGAGGCGCUGCUGUGUGAACGGUGA